AUGUUAUCCGGCGAAUCAUUCUCUCUGCUCCUCACGGUUCUCUAUCUUCUCCUCGAGGCUUUCAGUGUAUCACUAUACCACUUGAAAACCCGGAAGACAACCGUCCCAGAGCCGCCGCACACAGCCCCAUCGGAGCUUCCACGCGCCCUCACGCGCCGCCCAAAUUUUUGGCAAUUCCGCCACUGCCCUUCCGCCACCAGCCGCCACGGUGGUCCGAUCACUUCUCCAAGGCCACCGAUCGAUAGCUUUCAUCUCGGAUUUCAAUUCUGCCAUUCGCUAGGAGGUGGAACUGGAUCAGGAAUGGGAACUCUGCUAAUUUCAAAGAUUAGAGAAGAGUACCCGGAUAGAAUGAUGCUCACAUUUUCUGUCUUCCCAUCUCCUAAGGUGUCCGACACUGUUGUGGAGCCUUACAAUUGCACGCUUUCUGUUCAUCAACUCGUAGAGAAUGCUGAUGAAUGUAUGGUUCUUGACAAUGAAGCACUCUACGAUAUCUGCCUCAGGAUUCUUAAGCUCACCACCCCGAGCUUUGGGGACUUGAAUCAUCUAAUUUCGGCAACAAUGAGUGGAGUAACUUGCUGUCUACGAUUCCCGGGUCAAUUGAACUCAGACCUUAGGAAGCUAGCAGUGAAUUUGAUCCCCUUCCCACGCCUUCACUUCUUCAUGGUGGGGUUUGCUCCUCUAACAUCGCAAGGAUCACAGCAGUACCAAGCACUCACUGUCCCGGAACUCACCCAGCAAAUGUGGGAUGCCAAGAACAUGAUGUGCGCAGCUGAUCCAAGGCAUGGCCGAUACCUCACAGCAUCAGCCUUGUUCCGAGGCAAAAUGAGCACCAAAGAAGUUGACGAGCAAGUGAUGAAUGUGCAGAACAAGAAUUCCUCCUACUUUGUGGAAUGGAUCCCCAACAAUGUCAAGUCUAGUGUCUGCGACAUCCCGCCAAAAGGGCUUCCAAUGGCUUCGACAUUCAUUGGGAAUUCGACGUCGAUACAAGAGAUGUUUAGGAGAGUGAGCGAGCAGUUCACCGCCAUGUUUAGGAGAAAGGCCUUCUUGCACUGGUAUACUGGAGAAGGAAUGGAUGAGAUGGAGUUUACUGAAGCGGAAAGUAACAUGAAUGAUCUCGUCGCCGAGUAUCAGCAGUACCAGGAUGCAACUGCCGAUGAAGAUGGCGAUUAUGAAGAUGAUGAUGGCACUGAUGACAAAUGAAGGUGUUCCCGUAGCUUCUUCUUUAAUCAAUAAGGUUUUAGUCCCCCAACUAUUCCAUCAAGAUUUUGUGUUCCGUGGCUUA